AAGCGCACUAAAUGUAAUAACAACUCUCCACGCGUUUCUCCUCUCACGCCCGAGCUGCUUUUCUUUCUUUUUUUUACGCACGUCCUGCGGUCUGAUUGAGUCGGCCGGCUUUCGGUGCUGUCGGUACCGGCGGACACGGAACACUGUGACAAGGAGGAGAAAAGACGGUCAAAGAGGAAGAAAAGAAGAAGAAGAAAAAAAAACUCUGGCAGCGCCGCUUUGGAGUUGCAGCGUCCAAAGAAAAAAGAAGAAGAAAAAAAAAGUAAGAGAAAAAAAGAAGUCCCAGGCAACUCCUGAGGCACAUCUGCAACUUGGACAGAGAAGGAGCCGAAGAAACAAGAGAAAGCACCUUUUUAUUUUCUUCUUCUUCGUCCUCUUCUCUCCGUGAAGAUACACACAAAGUCCACAAUUGGAAGGGGAAAUCUCCCAGAACCCCAAAAAAAAGAACCGCCGUAAAAACGUCUUUAAGUCCGCGGUGUGAAGGAUAGCAGCAAGAGUUAUCCCGUCUCCAUGAGGUGUUGAGGAAUGAGCGAUCGCCAUGGAAACCCACUCCCAUGCCAGUUCAGCAGCUGAGAAGAAGAAGAGGGUGGAGACCAUUGUGGCGACCAAGGGCUCAUCAGCGCGCAAUGACAUCAGCGAGAAGGCGGUGGCCUCCAGCACCACCUCAAACGAGGACGAGAGUCCAGGCGCGCCGUACCGCCGCGAGAGGCGCAACGCCAUCAGCUCCCACGCGCCCCGCGGCGGCGCCGACAGGACGGUGAGCGAGGAGCCCUCCACCUCCACGGAGGAGCGGCCCCCCCUGCUCAAGAAGGAGCUGCACGGCUCCCUGCCCCACCUGGCGGAGCAUGCCCUGCCGUACCGGGGCGCUCUGUUCGCCAUGGACCCCCGCAACGGCUACCUGGACCCGCACUACCCUGCGCCGCAGUUCUUCCCCACCUUCCAUCCUCCCGUGCCAAUCGACGACAGACACACCCAGGGGCGUUACAUCUACGAGCCUUCCCCCGUGCCCCCUCUUCAUGUGCCUCCCGGGUUGGCGGGCAGUCCGGCUUUCUCCGACAUCUCCCUCAUCCGGAUCUCGCCCCAGAGGAACCCCUCCGUGGGGGCGGAGUCGCCCUUUCACCCUCCGCACCCUUACAUCAACCCGUACAUGGACUACAUCCGCUCGCUCCACAGCAGCCCCUCCAUCUCCGUCCUGUCGGCCACCCGGGGCCUCAGCCCCGCAGAUGGUCUGACCACGGCCGAGUACUACCACCAGAUGGCUCUGCUGGCGGGCCACCGCAGCCCAUACGCCACCGACCUGCUGCCGUCCGUGGCGUCCACGGCCGGCGUGAGCAGCGCCACCGCCCUGCACAUGGAGUACCUGCAGGCGAUGGAGAACUCCCGUUUCUCGAGCCCCAGGUUGCCGUCGAGGCCCAGCAGGAAGCGCCCGCUGCCCAUCUCGCCGCUCUCCGAGCACUCCUUCGACCUGCAGACCAUGAUCCGGAACUCGCCCAACUCCCUGGUCACCAUGCUCAACAACUCUCGCUCCAGCUCGUCCACCAGCGGCUCCUACGGCCACCUCUCCGCCGGAGCCAUCAGCCCGGCGUUGAGCUUCGCCUACCCUCCGACCCCGGUGGCCUUGCACGUGCACCAGCAGCUGCUCGGCCGCCAGCCGGGCCUCGUGGGCUCCGCCUUCGGCCACAGCCCGCCGCUCAUCCACCCGUCGCCGGCCUACGCCACCCAGAGGCCCGUGCCCGGCAUCCCCCCCUCCGGGCUCAGCGCCAGCGAGCGCUCGGCCCUCUCCAACGACGCCUCGCAGACCAAACCAACCAGUGAGUCUGCAGUGAGCAGCACGGGAGACCCCAUGCACCACAAACGCUCCAAAAUGAAACCGGAGGAGGAGUUGCCGAGCCCGGGCGCCGUCAGCGUACAGGACCAUCCGGAUGGGAUGACCCUGGUGAAGGAGGAAGGGGACAAGGACGAGAGCAUACAGGAGCCCGAGGUGGUUUACGAGACCAACUGCCACUGGGAGAACUGCUGCCGCGAGUUUGACACGCAGGAGCAGCUCGUCCAGCACAUCAACAACGACCACAUCCACGGGGAGAAGAAGGAGUUUGUGUGCCGGUGGGAGGAGUGUUCCCGGGAGCAGAAGCCCUUCAAGGCGCAGUACAUGCUGGUGGUCCACAUGCGCAGGCACACGGGGGAGAAGCCGCACAAGUGCACCUUCGAGGGCUGCGCCAAGGCCUACUCCCGUCUGGAGAACCUGAAGACUCACUUGCGCUCGCACACCGGGGAGAAACCGUACGUGUGCGAGCACGAAGGCUGCAACAAGGCCUUCUCCAACGCCUCGGACCGGGCCAAGCACCAGAACCGCACGCACUCAAACGAGAAACCGUACGUGUGUAAAAUCCCGGGCUGCACCAAGCGCUACACGGACCCCAGCUCCUUGCGCAAGCACGUGAAGACGGUGCACGGGCCGGAGGCGCACGUCACCAAGAAGCAGCGCGGGGAUUACCCGCGCCCUCCGCCCCAGCGGGAGCACGGGGGCAACGGCCAGGGCCGGUCGCCGGGGCAACUGUACGCGGACCAAAGGGAGUACAGCCGCGCUACCUCAAAACAGGACGAAUGUCUGCAGGUCAAGUCCAUCAAGACGGAGAAGCCGAUGACGUCUCAGCCAAGCCCUGGCGGUCAGUCUACAUGCAGCAGUGACCAGUCCCCCGUCAGCACCUAUCCCUGCAGUGGAGUCCAGCUUGCUGUGAGCGCCGGACGCUCGCCAGGGGAGGGGCUGGAGGAGGACGAGGGGCAAGAGGACAUCGACGAAGAGGAGGUGGAGGAGGAGUGCGUGGGCGUGCGGGCCCCCGUCAUGGACUCCACGGUCUCCACGGCGACCGCCGCCAUGCUGACCCUGCAGGCGAGGCGGAGCGUCGGCCGGCCCCUGCGCUGGAUGGAGCACAUCAAGAUGGAGAGGCUGAAGCAGGUGAACGGGGCCCUGUCCCCGACUCCGCCCCCGAAAGGGUCCACGCUCCCCAACAUCCUGGGGAAGGGAUCCUAUCAGGGCAGGCAGUGGGGGGUGUCUGCCCCUCAGCCACCUGCUCCCGCCGAGCUGGGCGGCACGGAGCUGACGGUGCUCAGUUUGCUCCGCGAGCGGCGCGACAGCAGCGGCAGCGCCGCCAGCUCGGCCUACCUGAGCGGCAGCCGGCGCUCCUCCGGCAUCUCGCCCUGCUUCUCCAGCCGGCGCUCCAGCCAGGGCUCCCAGAACGACGGCGCCACGACGGCCGGCCACCACCGCCGCCUCCGCGACCUCAGCUCCGCCGACUCGUACGACCCCAUCUCCACCGACGCCUCCCGCCGCUCCAGCGAGGCGAGCCACUACGGAGGCGGGACGGGGGGAGCGAUGCCCUCGGGCGGCGGAGGCGUCGGCGUGGGAGGAGUGGCGGGGUCGCGGGGGAUGCUCACGCUAACCCCGGCGCAGCACUACCACCUGAAAGCCAAGUACGCCGCCGCGACCGGCGGCCCGCCUCCCACGCCGCUCCCCAACAUGGAGCGCAUGAGCCUGAAGGACGAGGGCGGCGGCCACUCGCUGCCGCCUCUGGUCCGGCCGCCUUGCUGCGGCGACGGCGCCGACGGGUACGCGGGGCACGCGGGCCACAGGAGGAGGGUCCUGUAUCCCGGCGAGGGGCCGCCGAACGGCAACCGCAGGGCCAGCGACCCGGUGCGGACGCAGGCCCGCGACACGGGCGGCCUGCCCCCGGUGCAGCGCUUCAACAGCCUCAACGACCUCCACCCUCUGCCGCCGCUGGCCCACCGCUCCACGCCGGAGGCGCGCAGCUUCGGCCUGCAGAGCUACACGCGCUCGGAGGGCAACCUGCAGCGGGGCCUGCAGCACUCGCCGUACACGCCGAGCAUCGCGGAGCACGCCGCCCUGGAGGCGCUGGCCAUGGAGGACGAGGCGGGCCCGCCGCCGGAGGACGAGGACAUGCUGCCCGACGACCUGCUGCAGUACCUCCACGCCCAGGCGCAGCUGAACGGCGGCGCCUACUUGCACGUCGAGGACCAAAUGGCGUCGAGCCAAAGGGACUCCUCCCGUCCGCCCCUGGAGGAGAUGGAGCCGAUCCAGACUUCGGGGUUGAACGUGGGCUUCAACGGGUCCCACGAAGAGAGGACGAGCCCGAGCAAGCUUCCCAUCCAGUGGAACGAGGUGAGCUCCGGGAGCGCCGGCCGGUCCCCCGAGAGGGAGCGGGGCCACCAGUCGCAGUGCGGGAGGUGGCCGGGCGCGGAGCACGGAGCCGCGUCGGCGCCUUUCGGCCGAUUCGGGAACAUGGUGGUCCGGCAGCAGGCGCCCGUCGACUUCCAGAACAGUUGCGCGCAGGCGACCCCGCCUCAGGGCGCGCGUCGCGUCGACCCCGCGGUGAAGCUGGAGACGCCGGCCAACUCCUGCAUGGAGGUGAGGGGCCACGGCUCCGCGAACCCCUUCGGGAGGCCGCACUUCUCGCAGAUCGCCGACGGGCCUCCGACGCAGAGCCACUUCGCCGCCUCGUGCCAGAUCGGGAGCGACCCGAUCCUCAGCAGGACCGCAAUGGGCGUCGUCCUCCCCGGACUCUCCCAGGGGACCGCUCUCCACCGGCAGGUCCACGUCCCUCGCCCGCCCGACGGUUACAGGAACUCGGUCCGGACCCAGCAGUACCUCAACCCAGAGACCUCCGGUGACCUCCGGGCCGGUCUCAACCAGCAGAGAGGGGUGGACCACUGCUCCCUCGCACAUCAGGUCUCUGGGCUGAAGCUGGAGGCCCCGGACCACGGGUACUUGGAGCAGGGCUUCGGGGACUGCCUCCCCUACGACCCGUUGGAUCGCAAGGCCUCCUCGUUCCCGGUCCUGGAGGACCAGUGCUUGCUCAACUCCAUGGCCGAGUCCGUGGGGCAAGCGGGCGGCGUUGGCGGGAACUCGGCCGCCCUUCUCUCCCCCGGCAGGGACCAGGUGACCAGCACGAUGGAUGGCAACGUGCCCGGCAUCCUGGACUUCGGCGCCAUGCUGGAGGACGGCUACGACCAGGGCAGCCUGGUGUCGGGCGUGUUGAGUCCCUCCAUGUUCCAGGGUCUGUCCAGGACCUCGUCGCGCCUCACCACCCCCCGGGCGUCGGCGGCGUUCCACAGCGUGGCGCCCGGCUUGAACAACAUGGCGAUCGGGGACAUGAGCUCUCUCCUCACCACGCUGGCGGAGGAGAGCAAGUUCCUCGCUAUCAUUCAGUAGCUGCUCUCUCUCUCUCUCUGCUUUCUCCUCACCUCCGGAAGAAAAGAAAAAAAGGAAGAGAAAAAACUCUGGUGGAUGUGAAGAUUAAGACCAAAGUGGCAAUUACGAGAACUUUACGAUGUACUUAAAAAAAAGAGUGUCGUGGAUACGGCAGCUGGCCAAACCCGUUUUUAUUUUGUACAAACGUCGUCCCACGAUGUGUCAAAAUGAUGUAUAGAUGAAUAGUUAUAUUCCUUUUGUGGAAUGUCGGCUAUUUUUGGAAGCUCUUGUUUGUAUUCUCUGUGUGAAGGUGAGCACAAGUUCACCUCCUUUAUUAAAACAGUAUUCUCUGUAUCGUCACUGUUUUUGCUGUACACACUGUCGGUAAAAAUGCAUGUAUUCAAGGCUAAACAUGAACACUGUGUGAACGAGUACGGAGACCUCCAGGUACACAUCCAUCCUCGUCACGGCAGGUCACACUUAUGUCAUCGAUUUAACGGGCCCUGGUGAUACCUUUUAUACAUCAUAGGUUUUUUAUAAUAAGUGGUGGUAUUUUACAUUUGUUGUCAUUUUGUUUGUCUGUUUUUUGUUGUUUUUUGUGGAUCUGUAAAUGUUUCAGUGCUUCUACCAAGUUUACCAAGUGUUUUUUCUUUUUUCUCCAAGAUUUUGAUGCAGUUAGUCUGGAAAGGUACUCACGAGUGUAUAUAAGUGUUUAAAUUUUUUUUAUUCUGAUUAUUGAAUCGCACGGUUGUUUUGGAGCCGAUAUGAAAAAAAAAAAAGUUAUCCUCGAUGAUCAAAGGUCCCAUUUGGUGCUUCGUGUACGCUGACAUUAGUAGUAUACGAGUACUUCACGUUUCUUUUAAUCUGUCUGACCAACAGCACAUGAAUAUCCCCCAUCGUUACGAUUAAAUGCUGUAAAGUGUUUUUGUCUCAUAGGAAAUCAUCUGUAUUGUUUUCUCCAAAGCUCUUAAAUUCAGAAUGUGUGUGUGUUGAGCAGCGACCUCGUCAUCAGUGUUAGUGUUGCCUUGCAGUCGGAUGUGACUGAGCACAGGAUAUGGAGUCGUUUACCUUUGUAUUCAGCGUCAAAGCAAUGAGGUACAAAUUGUUUUAUUGCUCUUUGGUACUUUGGUCAUUUUUUUUCGUCGCUGUGCAUUAUUGGUGGUUUUUUCUGUCUUUUUUCUUUCAAAGAAGUAGAAAUUAUUUCCUUUGAAAAGAAAGAAAUCGCAUUGAGGUAUGUGCCUUAUACGUAUCUGCCUGUCGGUAAAGAGAAAGAUCACUGCCAAUCUUCCAUUGUGGAUUAUGAAAAAAAACAUGUAAAAGUGUCCCGUGAGACCUAAAAGAAGAUAAAAUGACAGAACAUUUAUAUAAGAAAAGUCUGACUAUCAGAAAAGUUAAGAUUUGCGAAAUGCAUUCUACUUUUCUUUGAUUUUGUUUUUAAGUUUUCACAUUUGUUAUGCUCUUUUUUUAUAUAACGUAUAAAUACAGUACUCUUUCUGUAGGUUUAGCAGAGGAAAUGGGGAGUACCCUGGGGCCAAUAAAGAAUUGACUUUGAGAGCAGGGAUUCCCAGGCCCUGGGCAGAGCCCAGCACUGCCCGCCGCCGCCGCCAGAAGAGCCACUUUGCUCUUUUAUAACGGACUACAAAUGUUUGUAUGGUUUUAAUAAAAACGAGAAAAGAAAUUAAAAAGAAAUUUUAUUUUAA